UGUUGGUGUCCAAAUAGAGUUUACCCGGUAACAAUUGAAGUGUUUGGUACAUUUGACUCCUUUAUUAGUGAAUCGAACGAAGAAUGUGCGAUAUAAACGCAGUCAAACGUUGCGACGACCUCGACAUUUUGCCGCGGCAAGUUCAAGUCCAAGCCGGUCGCGCAUGUUAAUUAUUAUUUUUACUCUUUUCUUUUAUGAUCCCCCUGCCGGCCCCUCUCCUCCCCCCCGUUUGGCGAUUAUGUUUUAUUUAAUUAUUAUCGUUAAAUUAAGCAAAUAAUAAUAAAUAAGUUAAUCUUUUCGACCGUGAUGGAGGAGGGGCGCAUGCGCGAACCUAACCACGUAAACGCGGUUGACGUUUUAUAUUGCGGUGGUGCGACGAAAAUGGCAGUCUGUGCGGGUUCGCGGGUUUGUUGACUCUCGAUUUAUUCGUCGAUUUUCGCACUAAAUCACACGGAAAAUGAUCCAGGGAUACUCGCCAGUGAUGCAGGCCUUCCUGGGGACCCUUUUCACUUGGGGUCUCACCGCAUGCGGCGCCUCUUUGGUCGUUGUCAUCCGAGGAUCACAGAGAAAAGUCCUGGAUGCCAGUUUGGGAUUCGCCGCGGGCGUGAUGACCGCAGCAUCUUUCUGGUCCCUGUUGUCCCCGGCCAUCGAGUUGGCCACCGAAUCGAAAUUUUAUGGUGAAAAUGGCGAAUACGCGUGGGCCCCGGUCGCACUCGGCUUCCUGCUCGGCUCGUUGUUCGUUUACGGAGCCGACAUACUCAUCUCCGUGCUGGGGGUGCACUCGCCCAACAUGAUGCUGGCCCUGCACGCGUCCAACAAAGGUAAAAGCAGAGACGGAUCCAGAAGGGAUUCCGCCCAUCUACCGCUGCCCGACACGACUGCCGUCGAAGGUUUUACCGACAUCGGAGGGACUUUUGUUCAUCGUAGAAGGGUAGGUAAGAAAUCGCACGAUCCACCGGACCCUGACGGAAAAUCUUUACUAACACAGAGCUACGACGGGGAGUGUAACGUGGAGGAGAUCCAGCACGGACGUUGGAAGAGGAUCAUGCUACUGGUGGUCGCCAUCACUGUCCAUAACAUCCCCGAGGGGUUGGCCGUGGGCGUGGGAUUCGCCGCCACUGGUAGUUCCAGCAGCGCCAACUUCGAAACUGCGAGAAAUUUGGCCCUCGGAAUCGGCAUCCAGAAUUUCCCCGAGGGACUCGCGGUGAGCCUGCCGUUGCACGCCGCUGGAUUUUCCGUGUGGAAGAGCUUAUGGUAUGGUCAGCUCAGUGGUAUGGUGGAACCGAUCUUCGGAGUUUUGGGUGCUGUCGCAGUGAGCUUGGCACAACCAGCGUUGCCGUAUGCUCUGUCUUUUGCUGCCGGUGCUAUGAUCUACGUGGUGGUGGACGACAUUAUUCCUGAAGCAAACACUGACGAAAACGGAAAACUGGCCACGUGGGGCGCCGUCCUGGGCUUCCUGGUGAUGAUGACGCUGGACGUGGGGCUCGGGUAACCCGCCCCCCACCACCCGCGCGCCCUAGCGUCGAAUUUAAAUUAAUUUUCGUGCGUGUCUGUCCCCCCUUAAUGUAUGUACACGAGAAGGAUGAGAUGAUUGUUGAUGAUGUAUAUAGGUUAAGGCUACAUUUAGAUUUUAUUAAAGUGACCAAAAAUUUUAAUUAGUAAGACACCAAUUGUCAAUUUGGGUGGAUGUUUAGGCUUUUAGGGGGGCGUAUAGGGCGUUUUCUCCUGUUCUCCAUCUCUUUCCCACUCAUUGUAAGGAGUCUUCAACUCACUUUCUUUUUUUGCGAUACUUUGCAAACGCCCUCUAUCACCCCCCACUACAGUUUAUUUUACAUGUUAUUUAUUUUAUGGUUACUCCUGUAAAUUUAUUUAUUAUUUCAAGCCCGAUUGACAGACUGAGCAUGCGUGGACCGGUCUAGUCGCACAUGCUCAGUAUCAAGGGGUUAAAGGUCAUUUAAAUGACGGUUCCAUGCUAGUUUAGUAGUUAUAUUUUAUUAUAUGACUGGGUUUUCAUUUAAAGGUUCGUACUUAAUGAUUUUCCGGGUGAAAACCCAGUUGUAAGGCCGCAUUUGGGGCUCGUAUUGCAAUAUGUGUUCUGCGCCUGCGCAAUGUUUAUGCAGUUUAGUGUCAAAAGCCAAUUUUUGUAGCAACUACUGCUGUGAUAAAAUAAAGACACUGAUAUUUUUAAAAA